AGGCAUAUUUAGCGGUAUGUGAUACGGCCGCUUCUACUCACUCACCCACUCAUACAGACACACUCCCAGAACAGACAGAGCUAGAAAGUGAGCAGGCAAAUAGGGAGAGAUCCAUUUCUGUUGGAGGCCCCGGGUUGCGGAGCAGAGGUCGGAGCGAGGAAAGAAUGUGCAGUCAGUACUACAAGCGCUGCAACACCACAGCAUACUGGCUGAGCUGGAAAAGGGUCUGAAACCCGAGAGGCAGCACCGUGUCGAGUGUCAGGCCUGGAAGGUGCCGGGAUGUAGAGGGGAGGACAGGGCAGGGGCGAAUGAUGGGAGGAAGAAAAAAUUAAAAGAGGCAAAAUGAGAGGUAGCGAAUCGCUGGAGUAGGAGAGGUGGAGUUGUGGAAAUUAGAAAGAGAAGAGGAGAGGAGCAUUUCCGAGAACCGUGGGACCUCAAUGUGGUGUUAGGUGUCCCGCCCUGAUUUCUGCCAGUUCCGGAUCGGGUUUCUUCUCCAAUCCGGCUCCGGUAAAGCCACAGAGAGAGACAUUUGCAGAGAGCACCAUGAAUGAGCUCCUGGGUUGGUACGGCUAUGACAAGGUGGACCUCCGAGAGUCUGAGGCCAAUGAGAUCAGAAACUACAGGGAGAGGCGACAGCAUGUGUCUGUGCUAAAAGAAAACUCAUUGCCAAAACCCAAAAGCCUGGACGCCAAAGUCAGCCACUCAGUCUUGGCCAUGAAAAGUGUAGAGAGGGACCCCUCCAGCAUCCCUUCCUCCUCACAAUCCUCUUCUUCAACAUGCUCUAUCCUGACCACCCCGAAGGAGCACAAGAAUGCCCCUGUCAUCGUCCCUCUCAUAAAGCCAUCAGCAGUGGAAGAUGUACAGAAUGUGCAAAUAGUAUGUGUUUGGUGCCAGAAGGAGGGGGUAAAGCGCUACUCACUGUGUAUGGGCUCAGAGCUAAAGAGCUUCUGCAGUGAGAAGUGUUUUGCUGCUUGCAGACGGGCUUACUUCAAGCGCAACAAGGCCAGGGAUGAAGACCUCCAUGUUGAGACAUCCCCUCAGCACCCCCAUCCAGAGGACUCACCCAGAUUAGUGUUGAAGAUAAACACUAAUGUCAGAUCUCUCUCACCUGUACCACAGGUCUGUGACUGGUGCAAACAUGUUCGCCACACAAAAGAGUACCUGGACUUUGGAUCUGGUGAGGAGCGUCUUCAGUUUUGCAGCAUCAAAUGUCUCAACCAGUACAAGAUGGAUGUUUUCUAUCGAGAAGCCCGCGCAGCUCUCACCAGCACUAGUUCCAGUCCAAACAGAACCAGCCAGGAUGUGAGAGUAGACAGCAGCAUAUCAGCUCAAAACCUACUUACUCCUGAGUCCUGGAACAGCAGCACCAGCACUACAGGGGAAGCACGCAAUCAAAACCUCUCACCCAAUGGGCCGGCGCUUAUCCAUGGACCAUUGAAGUCUACAUCUGUGUCAUCCUCAGAUGUACCAUCAUCUUCCUCUUCAUCUUUAAAGGUCACAGUUUCAGGGCUUAAGAACAUGGAGAGAUCCAUUCAGCCAUCCCUACCUACUAUGGAUGUCCCAUCUCAUCCAUCUCCUAUUCCUCCUCCACCUCCUCUUCGUCCCUCUCUGGAUCAAAAGCCAUUACCUCAACUCCCUAUUCCCUUCAUCAGACCCCCUCUUCAUGCUCAGGGACUAAAAAGUCCCCUUGCCAAUCCCCCCAGACAUGUUGGUCCCCCUUCCAGUCCUAUCCACAGACCCCCACAUUCUCCUCUUCUGCAGCCCCCCACCUCUUCUUCAAUGAAUCCCCCAGGAUUUGUGCAUCCUUUCCCUGGAGCCUAUUUCCCUGGAUUACACUCACCUCCUCUAAACUUAAUGCCAAGAGGACCUGUCCCAGUCCCUCCAAUAAUGAACUAUGGUAUCCCCUCUUUUAGUCCUCUUUUACCCCAUCCCACUGUCCUGGUGCCUUAUCCUAUUAUUGUUCCAUUACCUGUCCCCAUACCUAUUCCAAUUCCCAUUCCAGUCCCUCCUAAAGCCGCUGUUGAAAUGCCAAAUCAUGGUGGAGUUAUCCAACCUGUGCCAGAAGGUGUAGAUAGGGGUAGAUCUAGGACUACUAAGUCUGCAUCUCCUGAAAUAUCUGAAGAUGUAAGCAGAGUGGAGGUAAAACAAAUAGAGGCGAACAUUUCCCAAAGCAUGACCUCACCAACUGAACCCAGCCCAAAGGACAUAGAUUGGGUUAAAUCAGAAAGGCAGUUUUUGUCUCCGUUAACAACACCACAAACCAAAACACCCUCCCCCAAAUCACAAUGUACUGAAUUACCCUGCCCAACCAAAACCUCUGAGAGACUGAUAGACUAUAAAAACAUACAUCAGCAGACAGAGCGCCAAGUCAUUCAAAGGGUUCUCCAGAGGACCCAAGUGAAGUUAGAGCCUAAUGCCAAUGGAAUGGUGGAUCCCACAGCACUGGUAGAGUCUGGACCUAGUCAGUUUAACAGAUCAGGCUUCCAUAAUAUCAUCAGACCAAACCUUAAUCUUUCACAGUCACCUUCUGAUGACUUCCCAACACCCGAUCCCCUUACUCCUCCUUCAAACAGUCCAUCUAGCCCCAUGGAGAGCAGCCAUUCACAUAAUACCAAGUCCUCUACCCAGGACCAUCCCCAAAAUGGUACAUUAUCCUCCCCUAAACCGUCAAGUUUGGACACCUCAGUACCCCAGAAGUUACCAGCAACAAUCCAGGAUCCUGCACUUAGUGAACUUGAAGCUAUCAAAGAAAACAAGUGUUCUGUUGUAAGCAGAGUGCUGGUUGAAAGUCCAGUUGUUCAGUUAGAAGGACCCUUGACAGUAAGUGGGGGAGUAGGGGAGGAUUCCCAUGUUCCAGAUGAGGACCACGCUUAUGCCCUUCCCACAGUACCAAAGACAGGUGGGACCACACCCCCAUUACUCUUACCCAAGCUCAGGGACAAAGUUAGCUUGCGGAGUCCUGCUAAUAUGCCCACCGCAGUGGAGAUGGAGCCAGCCCUGAAGAGGCGAUGCCUUAGGAUCCGAGAUCAGAAUAAAUAGAGAAAAGAGGUGAGUAUUUCUGCUGGAAUAUGACAAAGGGCAUUGUUACCUUGUUGCCUAGUGUUACCAUAAACUGUCUCUUAAUAAAUUUGUAGUAUUUUCUAGCUUUAACUGCAAUCUUCAAUUUAUUGGCACUUACUGAUAAACAGGUGUUGCCUUACAUGUUGCAAGAAAAUUUUAAAUUUUUGAACUUAUUUUUAAGGUUUCUAACACAAUACAAAUAAAAUAAAAUUGUGCAUUUUUUUAGAAGUAGUUUGAAUACAAAAGAAAAAACGUUUUUGUCCCUAUUUGUGCAUCAGUCCGUGACCAUGUUAACCUUUACUAACCUUUAUCAGUUUCUUUAAACACAAACUACAAGCUCUUAGCUGAUGCAUAUCAAAACUAAAUAUGAAAGGAAUUACUAGUUCAAAUCAACUUAAAGAAUAGAAAAUAAAAAUAGAUUUUUCAGUAAUUGACCUGUUGUAACAGCUCAGAGCCAGGUACGAAAAAACGCUGAAUUCCAAUCAAUGGCCAAAUAAUUAUUGCAUCUCUUAUAGGCUAAUUUAAAUUCACAAGCAUGAUUAGUAAAAGAAAAACAAACAUUGUUAUUCUAAAACAUAUAUCGCUGAGUUGUGCAAAAAUGUAUUUGCAUUUGCAGAUUCCCACAUACAUAGGGCAGGAUUAAUCACAGCUCUCAUAUUGUGCACAUGGUCACUAAACAGUAUGGCGCCAACCAGAGAGAAUCCCGGUAACCUGGCACCUUUCCGUGGGCUAAGGUUACAGCAGAUAGAGGAGGUGGAGGGCACAAGCAGUGAGAGUGACUUUGAAAGGCGAUCACUUCACCACAGCCUGACAGUCACAAUGCUGUGUUUGCAAGGCUGCCUGCAUCAUAGAUUUGCUUUUGCUUGAGGAUAUGACUAUUGAAGAUAAUGAGAAAACAUUUAGGCUUAAAUCAAACAAGGGUAUGCCUUAAUCCGGAGCAUUUUGCAACUUUAUGCAACAAAAAAUUUUUAAUUCAUUGUAACUGCUUAUACAAAACAGUUUUUAAAACUUUUUCAGAAAUAACCUUCAGUUCAGAGGGAAUUCGAAGUGAUGUUCCAUUAAAAGGUGUUAGAGGUCUUGGCAUCUUUAUUUAGCACAAAUUUAUCAGUGGUAUUUUGGAGACUUAAGCUAAUAGUUUGACAGAAAUUAAAACAAUGAUAGGCUUCCACUAUUUUGAAGCAGCUCAAGAAACAUCAAACAGUUUUGUGUGAAUACACUUUUAUUAAACUUUAAACUGUUUAUUUACCUUUAUAACCUUUUUACUACACCACUAACUUAAAAGUUUAUUGGACAGCUUUAGACGUUUCAUUCUUAAAAUAUAUGUUUUGCACUGGAAAAUCUUGAAUGGAGCAUUGCCUUAUAUCCCUAUUUUCCAUUUAAAUAAUCACUGAUCUCAGUCUGAAUAACUCUUCAAUGCAAAGAGACCGUUUAAAGGGUAUAAAAUAGCAUUUGAAAAAAAUUAAUCGUGUCAUCUUCAAUAUAAGAGUUUUCUAGAGCGUCUAUGAUUAAUUCUGAUCUUUGUUCAGACAACUUGCUUUAGCUGUCUGGCUGAUUCUACUACCUCCUGAAAUGCUCCUUUAAGUGUGAACUUCAAAUUGGUAUAAAGAUUUUUAUGAGGCCUCUCUAUAGGCUGUGGUGGGAGACUGUGAGGUGCUGGGAAUAUCAGUUAUUGUCUGAAGUUGUGGUAGAGCUAAGCACUUCUUUAGAAAGAACAGAGACUGAUGUAGAGGCCUCAGUAUUUGCAUACCAUGGCUGUCUGGCCAUGUUUUAUAUUUUCCCAUGUAUACAGUAUAUUUGUGCCCUACUCUUGGUUUUUAAUACAGUUUCUGCAUCAUCUCUCAAUGUUUUUCCCCAAAAGACAUUGUUUCGUUAGAAUUUGGCAGGGGAGUGUUCCUACUUUGAACCAAUCAAAGGGUCAUCUUGAUUUCACUCGCUUGUCCAAAUAGCUGUAACUCUACCCAUUAUCCUUACCCGCCUGUAUCUCAGCAUAACAAGAUCAUGUUUCUGGUUUACUGUAUGUGCCGAGAUUAAUCCACUGAUAUCACAGAGAUGGCUUCGAUUUCAACCUGCCUGUUUUUCUCCUCAUAUUAUUUUCCAAAGGCCAGGGGUCGUGUUAGUGAUUGUGUUUGAAUGUGACAGCUGCUAAAUAGAGAAAGAACAACAUGAAUCUAGGAGCACAGGUUUUAAAUGACUGUGUGGCAGCAUUAUUCCACUAAGUUUCUAAAAAAUUGCCUUGCAAGACAUUCAUUCUCUUUACAACUAUUAAUUUAAUUGUACUUUAUUGAGAUAUUAUGUGGAAGACCAACUUUUUUCUCCAAUAUAUUCUAUUGAAUUUUCUCUCUCUUGAUACAACAAAACUUGCAGACAACAAACUUAACCUUUUAACAUGUACUUACAUUCACUCAUGCAUUCACCAUUUAAACCUGCAUUUGUCUAGUUCCAAAAAUAUACAAAGCCCUUUAGAUUAAGGCAGAGACAUAAAAAAAGGA